GCGUUCGGAUCAUUCCGUCGCAAGCUACAGCGGUGACUUGACGUGAUAGUUUCACUCUCCCGAGUCGCAAACUUUACACGAAGUCGACCGUUGAAGUCGAUAGCGUUCUUUUAAAACUGUCAUAAACAUUUCCACCGGUAUUCGGGUUUUAUAAUAGAUAUAUCCUGCCGCAGACACUGGCUUAUAUCAUCGACCAUUGUUAUCCGGCAUCGUUACAGACCAUAGAUCCCAUUCAAAGUGACAAUUGAAGUGGACAAGCAAAUUUUGGUUUAGUGCCAUUGUACUAAAUGUGAAACUGUUUGUUAUGUGAACUGUGUUCCUGUUUGGUGAUAGCUGUUUUAGUUAAGUGUGUUUAUUUUGGCCCACGACGUUAACAGCCAUUGCAAGUCGAGUCAGCCAUUAAUCGUGUUAAGUAUAUCAAGCCAAUUAUAGUGUUGGAGCGGUAACAGUUUUGCCAUUGCAACUAUGAUAUAAUAAACCGCUGUGUGAUGAUAGUGUGACGUCAUCAACAUGAUCCGUGAUCCGCCGGCAAUGCAUAAACCCGACAACGCCAACAAUACACAAGAUGACAACAAGUACUCGCUCAGCAGUACGCUGAAUACGGUCGCCAGCAAUGCGGGGGGUGCGAGACUUUGUGCUCAGUGUGGGAAGGUCAUCACUGAGAGGUUCCUCCUCAAGGCCAUGGAACGCUUCUGGCACGAGGACUGCCUCAAGUGCGGCUGCUGUGACUGCCGCUUAGGAGAGGUCGGCUCCAAACUCUACUAUAAAGCCGACCUCAUGCUCUGUAAGAGAGACUAUCUUAGGUUAUUCGGCGCUACCGGCAAUUGCGUGGCGUGCAACAAAGUCAUUCCAGCAUUCGAAAUGGUCAUGCGUGCGAAGAGUUUUGUUUACCACUUAGAAUGCUUCGCCUGUCAACAGUGCAACCACAGGUUUUGUGUGGGCGAUAGAUUCUAUCUCUGCGACAACAAGAUACUCUGCGAGUAUGAUUAUGAAGAGAGGCUGGUUUUUGCCAGUAUGGCGGCUAAUCCCAGCGGUUUAGCUCACAUCAGGAGACAAGUCAGCGGAUUACAGUCGCCGAGUAAUGCGUACGUUGGUGGGGGCGGUUGUCCUGGAGGGGCGGUUGUGCCGUUGGUGGACAAAGAUAACGGCGGAUGCGCGGGCGCUGAUGACGCCUCCAGCGGUUACGGCAGCCCACCUGAUCCAGAUGUCUGUGAUGCACGAUGACCGACAAUGCCCCGCCGACUACUUGCUUCGGUGAAACCUCACUGAGCAAUGGCGACACAAACAAGGAGAAGUACAUUCGUGAAAGAAAUUGUUCGAAUGCUUCAUGAGACAACACACGAAUGUACACACUAAAUGUAAUCUCAUAAUCACAGAUCUCUUCACCGGCAAGUGACGUAAUGCUUUAAUUUCAUAGACUCGACUGUGUAAAACGUUUAAGUGCUGUUAAAAUGAAACCUGCAGUUCAUUAGACUAUUAAAACGCUGAGCGACUGCGAAGUGAAUAUAUGCAAAACGGGCUAAGUGCAGUAUUACAUCGAAGUGUCUGAAACACAUUCUAGCAACGCCGCAAAAGUACAUUAGGCUACAAGUAUGAGGCCACUUUACAAAAUGUCCGGGAUGAGUCCGGGCGAUAACAUUGUCAGAACACGAUAUUUCCAUUAUGUAUACGAUUUGAGUCUAUACGUUAAGAUAGUGUCGCGUGGGUAUAGGACGCGAGUCGUACCCGUUCAGACAAGAGCGUCUUUCGCCCGGAUAAUUUAUUCACUCCUAAUAUUACGUUACUUUAACUAGAAUUAUUUUAAUAUUUUAUUUAUUAUUAAUCCAAAAUUCUCCAUACAACGAGUAGGUUCCGAUAUUUUAUAAUAUUGAUAAAAUCGAUCUCAUUGUUGUAUAAAAUUUUUUAGUGUAAACCUAAACGUUGUUAUCAUACAAGGUAUGAAAUAUUGAUUGUGCAUAGUUUUAAUUUUUUUUAUUAUUAUUAUUAUUAUUUUUUUUUAUUCUUUUCCACUCUAUGAAUCGGUUGAUUAUAUAUGUAGUUAAUGUUAAUUUGUACCAAAGAUGUCUUUGAUUUGAUGUUCGUACUAACUUAUAAAUUAGGUACUUUGUAAGAAUACGGUUGAUACCAUUUUCUUGGUAAUAUUAAUGUGGUGCAAUGGUUGAUAGUUAAGAACAUUCUGUAUAAAUAAAAAAGUUAUAAUAAUUAGGAUAUUUUAUAAAUUGUAUAUCUUCUUUUGCCAUAGCUUCGAUUAAUGUUGACCGCGUAUACAGAUACUGUAAAAUAAUUAAUUCAAAUAGCUACGUUGUUUUUGAUGUGAAAUAUAAAAUCUGCUUCAAUUUUUAAAUAUAUUAUGAUGGAACUAAAACUGUAUAAUAAAAAAAAAUCUAAAAUUAAAAAGAUGUAUUUAUGUAAAAAUGUCAACUGUCGUUAAAUAGAUUUAAUUGAUAGUUUAGAAAUUUCUCUUUAAAUAUGUGUCAGACAAACGACAAAUAAAAUUUUUCAAACAUCGACAGAGUUAUUUUUCAUCCUACCGUUAUUAUGUAAAUAAAUAUAUUUAUUUAAAGACA